GAUGCCUGAUCAGUACACACACACACACACACACACACACACACACACUGACAACACUUACUUCACAUGCUCAAUUCAAGUUUUUGUGGAAAGUAGUAAUUGACAGAAGUGUUAGCCCUGCUGAUAAAGAAGUUUAGUCCUUCCACUCAGAAAGGGAAAGGCACUAAAGACAGAGCUCUUGAACUACUAUUUUGAUCAACCCAUCAGGAAAAGUGUCAAAAUCAUGAAUGGACCAGUGGAUGGCUUAUGUGACCACACUGUAAAUGAUGAAGGUGCUUUCAUGUUCACAUCAGAGUCUGUGGGAGAAGGGCAUCCAGAUAAGAUCUGUGAUCAGAUCAGUGAUGCUGUGCUAGAUGCCCAUCUUCAACAAGAUCCAGAUGCCAAGGUUGCUUGUGAGACAGUGUGUAAAACAGGGAUGGUGCUGCUCUGUGGGGAGAUCACAUCCCUCGCCGUUGUUGACUAUCAGCGAGUAGUUCGAGACACAAUUAAGCAAAUCGGCUACGAUGAUUCAGCUAAAGGCUUCGACUACAAGACUUGCAAUGUUCUGGUGGCACUGGAACAACAGUCGCCUGAUAUUGCCCAAGGUGUUCAUCUGUACAGGAAUGAAGAGGAUGUUGGUGCUGGUGACCAGGGGUUGAUGUUUGGCUAUGCAACAGAUGAGACAGAAGAAUGUAUGCCUCUCACUAUUGUCCUCGCUCACAAAUUGAACAGCAAGUUAGCAGAGCUGAGACACAGUGGUGAUCUCCCUUGGCUUAGACCCGACUCUAAGACACAGGUCACUGUUCAGUAUACCCAGAAAAAUGGAGCCGUCAUCCCAGUCCGUGUUCACACCAUUGUGAUAUCUGUGCAGCAUGAUGAAACCAUCUCGCUGGAGUACAUGCGCAAAACCCUGAGAGACUGUGUGAUUAAACCUGUCGUUCCUGCCAAAUACUUGGAUGAGAAAACAAUUUACCACCUUCAGCCCAGUGGGCGUUUUGUCAUUGGGGGGCCACAGGGUGAUGCUGGCGUUACUGGUCGAAAGAUCAUUGUGGACACUUAUGGAGGAUGGGGAGCCCAUGGAGGUGGUGCCUUUUCAGGCAAAGAUUAUACAAAGGUGGACCGGUCAGCAGCAUAUGCAGCCCGCUGGGUGGCCAAGUCUUUGGUGAAAGCCGGGCUGUGUCAUCGUGUUCUGGUUCAAGUUUCUUAUGCCAUUGGAGUGGCUCAACCUCUCUCCAUUUCACUGUUCACUUAUGGAACUUCCCAGAAAACAGAGAAAGAGCUACUGGACAUUGUGCACAAGAACUUUGAUCUUCGACCUGGAGUCAUUGUCAGGGAUUUGGAUUUAAAGAAGCCAAUUUAUCAGAAGACUGCCUGUUAUGGUCACUUUGGAAGAAAUGAAUUUUCAUGGGAGGUGCCUAAGAAACUUGUGUUUCAACAAUAAUGGGUCCAUCCGCAAAGCAGAAGUGAAGAAGAUUCUACUAGUCAAUAAGAUGUUGGCAGAAAUCAGCACUGACUACUCUUUAUCCAGCUCAAGGAAUUUCAGAUUUUAAAUGGACAGGAUAUUCUCAUGGGAAUUAAUUCUUACUCUCAAUCUUAUCCUAUUUCAUUGUCAAAAACACUAAAGGCAGAGUCUUUUUAUCAUCACAAGAAGACAAAAUACAGUUUAUUUUACUGCUGCUAUGUUGGUUCCACGGACAAAGGCAAAAUCUGACUAGGACAUACAAACCAACGUUUGGGCCUUAACUCUGUUACAGUGUGAUCUUACAUUCAAAAGAAAAGGUAUCCCUCAUCAUUCUAGCUAAGGAGCAGUAGGUUUCUUCACCCUGACUGGACACUAGGAAAUCUGCAGGGGACAGUUUUCUUAUAGGAGCUGGUAUUGCAUACACCUAUGGGGAAUUUUGCUUGGAGGGGAUUCGUUAUCGUAGGAUAAGGAACAUAGCUGCUCCUUUAAAGGAUGUUGUUAGGUGCUUAGACCUCCUUCACUAGUUAUCUCUGCUUACCACAGUGUUCCAAUCAGCUGUGAUUUGGUGACUCAAACUUUUUCUUUUAGCUACUAUGUACUUAUAAGUGCUGCUUUUCUGUGUGUUUAUAUAUUAGCACAUCAAAUUUUGGAGUCAGUGGCUCGUCCAAGUGUAUGGCGCAUUAGAGCGCCAUUGAUGUCUCUUGGAUUGUGCUAAUAUGAACACUGCCUAGUAGCGACAGUGCUUUUAAACACUGUAGAGCAGAGUGCUGUUAGUAUCCUAUUUUAAUAGAUUUUUAAAGGCAUGGUGUCAAGGUAUCAUCCACAAUUUGUGGAGUUAUUUUUCUCCCACUGGUGUUUAUAACAACAGCCCUUUGGGAGAAUGACACUGAAAUCUGUUUCUUUGUUGAAAUAUGCCAUCUGUUAUUUUUAUGCACACACUGGUUUGCUUUGGAGCAUUGCUUACUAGUGGUAGGCUCAAAGCUUUGAUUUUUGAUGUUGACCACUAUACGGGGACAAAAUAGGCACACAAAAAUAACCAGAACACAUUGGAAAUAAAAGGUCCUUAUGUUAAAAUGUGGAUCUACCAAAUUUGACAGCAUCUUUAACUGAAAGUCAAUGAUUGAGUAAUCCUGUAGAUGGCAGUACUACCCACCCUAGGUUUAUAUGUCUAACAUCUGUAGAAAACACUUGGCUCUAGGCAAUGUUCCAGAAUAGCUUGAGUUGUGUACAUGGUACUGCCAAAGUUUAAAGUAACCAAUUGCUUUUUACUUUUGCAGUUCUACUUACAAAUUGUAGAUGGGGAAUCUCUGUGAUCCAGGCAAUAGCUGGUUGAGGGAGAGCGUGUCAUUUGUGUACCCACAUACUGUGUUGUCUUAAAGUGUGAGUGAAAGGAAACGGGAUUAGUCCAUUUCUGCAAAGGACUUCAGGCCAGUCUUGGUUAUAUUGGAGACAUGGGUAGGUUUUCUCAUUGACUUCAAUGAAACCAGGCUCUGGGCUUCUGUCACCAUUUCAUGUUGAUGUUGUAGGUACCAAGAGUGAAAUUAAUGCUGCUGCAGGGGUUGACUGAAAAUGCCACUCAAAGUUCACAUAAGGGUUAAGGUGGCCCUUGUAUGGAAUUUCUGCAUUGGAGAAAUUUUGCUCCAGGAGAAUGCAAUUUCUUUGCACACUGUCUCCUGACUUGUUCUGAAAAUGGGAGCAGUUGGAAUAAUCUAAUGCCUGACUCAUUGCUGUGUGUUUAAGUUUGGUGAUCAUUAAAAUAAAGAACUAAUAGCA